CAGUGGUGUGCUGUGUCCCUUGGACACAGAGGAUCAACGGGAAGAGCCAAAGAUCUCUGUGUCCAAUCACAGCUGAUCGCUGAUCAUCAGGGCACUGAUGAUCAGUGUGCCCUGAUGAUCUGUGUAGACCCAGAAGUGCCACCUGUCAGUGUCCAUCAGUGCCAGCUGUCAGUGCUCAUUCAUGCCACCUGCCAGUGCCCAUCAGUGCCACAUCAAUGCCACACAUCAGUGCCUACCAGUGCACAUCAGUGCUUACCAGUGCACAUCAAUGCCACAUAUCAGUGCUCAUCUGAGCUGCCUUUCAGUGUCACCUAUCAGUGCCAGUCAGUGCCGCCUAGCAGUGCCAGUCAGUGCUACCUAUCAGUGCUGCCAAUCAGU